AUGCCACCGACCCCUCUCCGCCCCAGCCAGGGCGUGGGCAGCUCCCCAGCUCCCACCACUUCCCCGGCCCAGAGGCCGCGUGGCCCAGUGGCCGCCAUCUGCAACGGAGGAAACAAGCGCACUGUCUGUGGGGCCCACAUAAGCCCCGCAGGGGAAUCUGAGAGGGGCUUGAGCCCCACAGCCCCCUUGAAGUUGGGCAUGAAGCCCUACAGGGUCAGUGGCUGCGUCUCUGUCCAAGAAGAGCUGUGGGGAAUUGAUUUUGACGAGGAUGAAAUAUCAGUAAUCAGCCUGGAAGAUGAGGAGGAUCUUUAUGCAAGCAUCUCAACCACAGGUUCUCUGGGCACGGCUGAUCCUCCUCCCGACGGCUUCAGAAAGGACCAGCUGAAGGCCAGGCUUAUGGAUGUCGUCACCAGGAUGAAGAGUGGGAAGAUCCGAAGGAAGGCGCUCCAAGAUCUUUCCGCCCUCCUGCAGAAGAUCCAGGAAUAUCCAUCGGUAGCGCUUCCUGCAUCCUCCCUUGGCCAACUGGUGGCUAUUUCCUGUCUGUGUGCUUUGGAUCCAGACCCGGAGUGCAGGCAGCAGGCAGCAGAGGCCCUCUGCCAUCUUCUGCCCAUCCUGCAGCGCAAAGAAGAGACACUGGCACGAACAUCGUGGGACCAAACCCUCAUCCUUCGAGCUCAGAAGGUCCUCCAAUCCACCAGAGGACCGGUUCCUGAAUUGUUCGUGAAUGAUUGUUACUCUCUUGCCAGGGUCUUUGGUGCCUAUCUUCCUGCGCAGCAGCUCUUGGAGGCCAUGUGCUUCCUGGCCAGUGACCUGGUUGUCGAGAGCAGCUUCAACCCCUUGGACAUCUCCCACUUGCUGCAAGAGUUCAUCAAGCAGUUUAGCGGCACAAAAGUGGAGGUGGAGGUGCUGCUGGAGGCCUUCUAUAAGAUCACCCAGGGGCCUACAGUGCAGGGCAGAAACAUGGCCGCCUUUGCUCUGUCCAUCAUGCCACACCAACACCUGGCGAAAGUGGUUGCAUACCUCCUCCAGUUUCCCUUCAGAGACUGCGAGAGAGUAUGGAAGGAGGUUUUGGCAUCGGCCGACCAAGAACAACUGCUCCAUCUCAUGGCCGAGCAGCUUUACCAAAGCCCCUUGGCAGAAUCUGCCACCCAAGUGCAACAUCUCACCAGCUUGUUGCACACCAUCCUCAGGAUGGAGGUAUAUAAGGCAGCUGUGCGCCGGAACUUCCCGCAGCUGCUGAUCGCUCUCCUGGGGAUGGUUGUCAACUUCCAUUAUGACCAGGAAUUCCUCGGAGGGGCUAAGGAAGUUCUGCACCUCCUUCUCGGCACCACUGGAGAACAAGUAGAGGCGGCCAUUGUUGACCAACUUUUCUGCCGGGAGAAUUUCAGCCAGGGGUUGGCUGCCAUGGUGAGAGCUGUCGGAAAGCGACACUGGUGGAUCCCUCCCAUGGUAGAAAACAUCACCGCUGCUCUCGAGGACCAGGAGUUUGCCGGAAUGCCACAAGUAGCGGCAGCUAUCUACAUCGAGCUGCUCAGCUGCCGUCUGCAGGUCUAUCCCUGUGAGGAUACACUGGAGCAGCUCCUCACCUGGCUGAAACAUGACCACCUGCAAGUCCGGAAGCUCAGUGUCAGAGGGAUAUCCCUGCUUCUGGACUCUGACAUGGACCCUUCGCUUCUGCGGCUGUCGCUGCUGGAUUUCCUCCCUGAUGCAGAAGCUGAUGUCUUCCCCGAGUUGAUAGAGCUGGUACACCAAGCUUACCUCUCCAGGGAGCUGGGAGAGGAAGAGCUGAAGAUGCUGGCGGCAACCUACUGCGGUCUGGCUGCCCAUGAAGGUGUUCCACUGGUCGUCGUCCUCCUUCACCUCGAAGACGAGGACGAGGUGGCCAAGGCCGCAAGGAGGGCUCUUUCCCAUCUAGCCCCACAAGUGAAGUGGUGGGCACAUCCCAACAAAUUUAGCCUCCACUUUGCUCUCCACCAGGCUGCCAAGCAUCUGAGCAAGACUUUCAGCAAGAACAUCCUUCGGAGUGCUGCCUUGACAUGUAUGAAGCCGUCUGCCAACAGGCUGCCAGCAGUCUCCAGGGUGGCAGCUCUGCUUCUGGGUCAUCUGGCUUUCCGGGAUGCCAGUUUCAUAGACAGUCAAGACAUGGCAUCCUACGGCACAUGGCUGGAAGAGAUGCAGCAGCACGAGGAAGAAGGGCUCAGGCGGACAGGGAGGAGCUGCCUGAACAUCAUGCAGCGGGCCUGUAAACAUCGGCAGAAAGGCAGGGUCCAGCGCCUUGUGAGGAGGCUGCUCCAUUGUGUUCACAGGGAACCUUACCCGCGGGACUUCCUGAGCUGCAUGCCAGAACAUCCGCAGUCGCGCCAGGCCAAGGGAACAUGAACAUCAGAGUUGUGCUGCAGAGAUACCAUCUUCUGCUCUCCACGGUAUCCAGUCUGGACCAGCGCCAGGAACAUCAACGCCACCAGGAUUGACCAAGAGGAGUGGUGCUGCCCUCACGACCCCCCCCCCCAAUACAUAGCGGUAGGAAAUCUUUUUGUUGUUGUUGUGUUUCUUGUUGAUGUCGUUUUUGAUUGUUGAGGGUUUAUUUCACUGAUUGAUUUUGAAUCUCAGUAUGGUUCACAACACCAAGUUCCAGCAUACAAAGCACAAAAUCCAUAAUAAGAAUAAUAGGUGUGCAAAAAUCAUAAUAAAAAUAUCAGAACAUAACAUAAAUUAAAAUAAUAAAGACGUAAUAAAAAUAGCCACAAGACUAAUACAAAAGCCCCAAAACAACACCCCAGCCCACAAAUCCAAAAUCUAAAUCAACAUAUCACAUUUAACAACCAUUUAAAACAACCCCACCCUGCAAAUCAAACAGCACCCACCCAAUUUAAAGCCCCAUCCUUGUUAAAACAGUAAUGUAAUCACAAGGGGGCUGGCCCACAAUCUGGUCUCGCCCCCUAAGUGUUGCCCCCAAAGGGACAACUUUUCCUUUGUUGUUUGCCCUUUGUUGGGGGUCCCGCCCCCAGGACAGGCAGGCUCUAUGGAGCUCCCCCAGUCGCUGUUGUAAGCCCAGGGUCCGGUUCCUUGCAGGACUCUUUCAUCCUCUCGAGUGGGGGGCGGGGCAGGCAACCCCCCAGCAGCAACUUACUUCCAAUUCUUUGUUUAUUCAUUAUUGUUGGGGGGGGGGCAGCAACAAGAGGGUCUGAUAUUCAUGAGAUUUAGUACCCUUUCUAACAGAAUCUCUCUUCUCUUUUUCCUGCAUGCAACAAAUCCACGAUGGGAAAUGGCGGUCUAUCUGCUGGAGCCUGGGAGGAGACGUCCGGAGAAAAGAAGACCCCCGCAAGAAUGUCAUCAGCUGGGAAAGGAGCCGCCCUGAAGACGACAUGAGCAACAUCGACCCUCCACCUGGAAGUGAAUUUGUGGAUUGGACACUUUUUAUUGACUCUUUCAGGACGUAAAACAGCAAGCAGGACUUUUUUUAGGAAGAUAGAUAGGUUAGAAUGGAUGUAUAGAAUAGUAUAGGCAAAAUAGGGAGCAUAUUAUUUUUGUUCCUUCUUUUUUAUAAACAUCUUUGUUCUUUUCCUCCUCACUUCCCCCCUUUGUAUCACUUUAUGUCUUUGUAAUUCUAAUUCUUUUAU